CGCUGGAAGCUCAUGCCAGUCGCUUGGGGACUCGGAGACACUGCGACCAUCCGAAGCGGUGCAGACUCUGCCCGCGGCCUCAUAGAGAGCGAGCCCGGGCUGAGGACUGUGCUGCGGACCCUGAGGUGCUGGGCGAUUGUGCGUCCCCCGGACCACCGGGACCUUGUUGCAGGCGCCGGGCGGCAGAUUUCAACAAGAAAAACUUAACCUUCAUUGGAUUCCCACAUCAAAGAAAAGCUGACAGCUUUCAGAAAGAGUUUUGCUUUGACGAUAACGAAGAGCCUGCCAACCACAGGAGAGGCCUUGAUGCCAAGUGUUUAGCUGCACUCCCUAAAGUUGCAGAAUUAAGAAAACUCUUCGAACCAAAGAGAAAAGACUUUUUAGAGAUGAAAAGGAAAGAAAGAAUUGCCAGGCGCUUAGAAGGAAUAGAAAAUGACCCCCAGCCCAUCCUGUUGCAGAGCUGCACAGGGCUGGUGACUCAUCGCCUGCUGGAGGAAGAUACACCCAGAUACAUGCGCGCCACAGACCCUGCCAGCCCUCACACUGGGCGAUCUAAUGAAGAGGAAGACACUCCUGGGUCUUCCUUGGAAAAGCAAACUCCAUCUAAAUACUGCACAGAAACCUCGGGCAUCCAUAUUUCGGGCUCCAUGGACGUCCACAGUAUGGAGUCCAAAGCAGAAAGGAUUGCGCGGUACAAAGCAGAGAGGAGGAGACAGCUGGCGGAAAAGUAUGGGUUGACUCUGGACCCCGAAGCAGACUCCGAAUACUCGUCUCGAUAUGCCAAGUCUCGGAAGGACACAGAUGCAGGUGAGAGACGAGGAAAAGGUGACAAACAGGAAGAACCGAGCAAGGGUACCAGUUCCUUGCACUCCAGGGCAGAGCUAGGGCCCAGGACCAGCUUGGUAGAGUCCCAGGACUGUGCCCCUCUGGGGAGCAACAUGUCUGACCAGGAACUGCUGCUCAACUUGGAGAACCAACGGCGAGGCCGAGAGCCCUCGCUGGCAGAAGAUGGUUCCCCUGCCUUCUUUUCAGAGCGAGGCACCUCCUUCCCUGAAGUGCCAAGGUCCCCAAAGCAGAUGUCCAGCUCACCACUGCAGCAGCCAGCCUCCCCGAGCCACCCCGGUGACCCACCCCUGCCCAUGGAGGCCCGAGCCAGCCAAUCCCGGGUUGAGAAGUCAGCUGAAGGAAUUGGCUUGCCCACUGAACGGGAGAGAGGGUCUCGGAAACCAAGGCGCUAUCUUUCUCCUGGUGAAAGUAGAAAAACUUCUGAGAGAUUUAGAACUCAACCUAUAACCUCAGCAGAGCGAAAGGAGACAGAUAGGUACCCUUCCGCUUCAGAGACGCCAAUGGUUGAAGAUGAGGAGAAAGUGGAUGAGCGGGCCAAACUGAGUGUCGCUGCCAAGAGGUUGCUUUUCAGGGAAAUGGAGAAGUCAUUUGAUGAACACAACGUCCCAAAGAGACGUUCCAGAAAUGCAGCCGUGGAGCAAAGACUGCGUCGCCUGCAGGACCGUUCUCACACCCAGCCCAUCACCACGGAGGAGGUGGUCAUUGCAGCCACGUUACAGGCGUCAGCUCACCAAAAGGCUUUAGCCAGGGGCCAGGCAAAUGAGGGCAGAGAGUCUGCUGAACCAGGCGAACCUGAUUCCUCCUCUCUGAGCUUAGCAGAGAAAUUGGCCUUGUUUAACAAAUUGUCCCAGCCAGUCUCCAAAGCCAUUUCCACCAGAAACAGAAUAGACGUGCGGCAGAGAAGGAUGAACGCAAGGUAUCAGACUCAGCCAGUCACACUUGGAGAGGUGGAGCAGGUGCAGAGUGGGAAGCUCAUCCCUUUCUCCCCCACUGUGAGAACAUCUGUUUCUACUAUGGCCUCUGCAGUUGCUCCCACAUACGCAGGGGACCUUCGGACGAAGCCAUCUGUUGACGGAGGUGGCAGUGCAAGUACCACUGACUCCCAGUUUCCUUCUCCUGUGGAAAAUUCGGACUCUCCAGUUAGAAGCAUUCUGAAACCACAAGGCUGGCGGCCUCCGGCAGAGCACAGUGGGUGCAAAGGAAUGCCGGGGGAGUCAGGAGAGACAGACAGCAAGAACACUCUGACUGGGGUAGACAGUGGCCUUCAGACACACACAGCCUUCGAGGAGGAAGCGCAGCCCUCCUACCCUGUCCUUGGCAGAGUCAGAGAUGGUGAUGUCCAGAAGGAGCCUAAACAUGCCAUUCUAAGGAGGGGGAGCUUAGAGUUAGGUAAUCCUCCUGUCACCCACCUUGGUGAUGAGUUGAAAGAAUUUUCCGUUGCUAAAAUCAGUGUGCAAGAGAAUCUGGACCUGAAGGACAAGCAGCCCUCGGAGGAGAAUGCAGAUGUGGGAAAUGCCACGAGAAAGUUCUCUCUCAAAGCAACAGAGUUUGGAGAACCUGCUUCUGAACAAACAGAGCCGGCUGCCUCUAUUCAGAAGGCAUCCCCAGUGUCCUGGAAGCAGCAGGACUCCUCUGAGCAGCUAGCAGAGAAACUCUUCAAGAACCCCUGUGCCAUGUUUGCUGCUGGAGAGGUCAAAGUGCCAGUGGGAGAGACGCUUCUGGAUUCACCCAGCAAAACUAUGUCAAUCAAAGAAAGGCUGGCACUGCUGAAGAAGAGCGGAGAGGAAGACUGGAAGAACAGACUGAUCCGGAAGCAGGACUAUGGCAAAGCCACCAGCAGCCUGCACAUCCAGGAGGUGGAGCAGUCCCUGAAGAAGCGGGUCACAGAAAGUCGAGAGAGCCAGAUGACGAUUGAGGAGCGGAAACACCUCAUCACUGUGCGAGAGGAAGCGUGGAAGACGAAGGGCAGAGGAGCUGCCAAUGACUCCACCCAGUUCACCGUGGCAGGAAGAAUGGUGAAGAAAGGUCUGGCAUCACCCACAGCCAUAACUCCAGUCUCAUCCCCUCUCUGCAGCAAAUCAAGGGGCACCACCCCAGUUUCCAAACCCCUGGAAGAUAUUGAAGCCAGACCAGACAUGCAGCUGGAAUCGGACCUGAAGCUGGACAGGCUGGAGACCUUUCUAAGGAAGUUGAACAACAAAGUUGCCGGGAUGCAGGAGACGGUUCUCACGGUCACUGGGAAAUCCGUCAAGGAGGUGAUGAAGUUGGAUGAUGAUGAGACCUUUGCCAAAUUCUACCGCAGCGUGGAUCACAGUGUACCUAGAAGUCCUGUGGAUCUGGAGGAGGACUUUGAUGUCAUUUUUGACCCUUAUGCCCCCAAAUUGACAUCUUCCGUGGCCGAGCAUAAGCGCUCGGUUAGGCCCAAGCGCCGAGUCCAGGCUUCUAAGAACCCUCUCAAAUUGCUGGCAGCAAGAGAUGAUCUCCUCCAGGAAUACACGGAGCAGAGGCUCAACGUUGCCUUCGUGGAGUCCAAGCGGAUGAAAGUGGAGAAGAUGUCAGCCAAUUCCAACUUCUCAGAAGUGACGCUGGCGGGCCUAGCCAGCAGGGAGAACUUCAGCAGCAUCAGCCUGCGGAGCGUCAACCUGAUGGAGCAGAACUCCAACAACAGCGCCGUGCCCUACAAGAAGCUCAUGCUGUUGCAGAUUAAAGGCAGAAGACAUGUUCAGACAAGGCUGGUGGAGCCUCGCGCCUCGUCACUCAACAGUGGGGACUGCUUCCUUCUGCUCUCUCCCCAGUACUGCUUCCUGUGGGUAGGAGAGUUCUCAAAUGUCAUCGAGAAGGCAAAGGCAUCUGAACUUGCAACAUUAAUUCAGACAAAGAGGGAGCUUGGUUGUAGAGCUACAUACAUCCAGACCAUUGAGGAAGGGAUUAACACACACACUCACGCAGCCAAAGACUUCUGGAAGCUCCUGGGUGGCCAGACCAGUUACCAGUCUGCCGGAGACCCAAAGGAAGAUGAACUGUACGAGACAGCCAUCAUAGAGACGAACUGUGUCUACCGCCUGACAGACGACAAACUCGUCCCUGAUGAUGAUUACUGGGGGAAGAUUCCAAAGUGCUCCCUUCUGCAUUCCAAAGAGGUCCUGGUGUUUGACUUUGGAAGUGAAGUUUACGUGUGGCAUGGGAAGGAAGUCACGUUAGCACAACGGAAAAUAGCGUUCCAGCUGGCCAAGCACUUGUGGAAUGGAACCUUCGACUACGAGAACUGUGACAUCAACCCGCUGGACCCUGGCGAGUGCAACCCGCUCAUUCCCAGGAAAGGGCAAGGGCGACCUGACUGGGCCAUAUUUGGGAGAGUUACGGAGCACAACGAAACUAUUCUGUUCAAAGAGAAAUUCCUCGACUGGACAGAACUGAAGAGGCCCUCAGAGAAGAAUUCUGGGGAAGUUGUCCAGCAGAAGGAUGAUCCUAGGGCUGACACCAAGCCCUAUGAUGUGGCACGAAUGGUGGCAAUGCCCCAGAUGGCAGCCAGCACCAUCCUGGACGGGGUGAAUGUUGGCCGCGGCUAUGGCCUGGUGGAAGGAGAUGAUAGGAGACAGUUUGAGAUUGCCACGGUCUCUGUAGAUGUGUGGCACAUCCUGGAAUUCGACUACAGCCGGCUCCCCAGGCAGAGCAUCGGGCAGUUCCAUGAGGGGGAUGCCUAUGUGGUCAAGUGGAAGUACAUGGCGAGCACAGCAGUGGGAAGCCGACAGAAGGGAGAGCAUCCGGUGAGAGUGGCCGGUAAAGAGAAGUGUGUCUACUUCUUCUGGCAAGGCCGGCACUCAACCGUGAGUGAGAAGGGGACGUCAGCUCUGAUGACGGUGGAGCUGGAUGAAGAGAGGGGGGCCCAGGUCCAGGUUCUGCAGGGAAAGGAGCCCCCCUGUUUUCUUCAGUGUUUCCAGGGAGGUAUGGUGGUACACUCUGGACGAAGGGAAGAGGAAGAAGAAAAUACACAAAGUGACUGGAGACUGUACUGUGUGCGAGGAGAGGUGCCCAUGGAAGGGAACCUGCUCGAGGUGGCCUGUCACUGCAGCAGCCUGAGGUCCAGGACUUCCAUGGUUGUUCUGAAUGUGAGCAAGGCCCUCAUUUACCUGUGGCAUGGAUGCAAGGCUCAGGGCCACACAAAGGAGGUUGGAAGGACUGCUGCAAAUAAAAUCAAGGAACAAUGUCCCCUGGAAGCAGGAUUGCACAGCAGCAGCAACGUGACAAUUCAUGAGUGUGACGAAGGAUCCGAGCCCCUGGGCUUCUGGGAUGCUUUGGGGAGGAGGGACCGGAAGGCCUACGACUGCAUGCUUCAAGAUCCUGGAAGUUUUAACUUCGCGCCCCGACUGUUCAUCCUCAGCAGCUCCUCUGGAGACUUCUCUGCGACAGAGUUUGUGUACCCUGCGCGAGCGCCCUCUGCCGUCAGCUCCAUGCCUUUCCUGCAAGAGGAUCUGUACAGCGCGCCACAGCCAGCACUCUUUCUUGUUGACAAUCACCACGAGGUGUACCUCUGGCAAGGCUGGUGGCCCGCCGAGAACAAGAUAACUGGCUCUGCCCGCAUUCGCUGGGCCUCAGACCGGAAGAGCGCCAUGGAGACGGUCCUGCAAUAUUGCCGAGGAAAGAAUCUCAAAAGGCCACCCCCCAAGUCUUACCUUAUCCAUGCUGGGCUGGAGCCCCUGACAUUCACCAACAUGUUUCCCAGCUGGGAACACAGAGAGGACAUCGCCGAGAUCACAGAAAUGGAUACUGAAAUUUCCAACCAGAUCACCCUGGUAGAAGAUGUCUUAGCCAAGCUCUGUAAAACCAUCUACCCACUGGCGGAUCUGCUUGCCCGGCCACUCCCAGAGGGAGUAGACCCUCUAAAGCUUGAGAUUUACCUCACAGAUGAAGACUUCGAGUUUGCACUCGACAUGACCAGAGAUGAAUUCAACGCACUGCCCACCUGGAAGCAAGUGAACGUAAAGAAAGCAAAGGGCCUAUUCUGAGGGUGAAGUGACAGGCGUCACCACGAGGUUGCUUCUGAUGCCGCUAGGCCAGAAAAUGGAUAUAUUUUUGGACUGGUAUUUUUUCUGUCAAAGAGCAAAGUAUUUUCGAAUCAGAGUUUUUCCAAACCUGACCUUAUUAAUUCUACGGCUUGUCCAGGAGUUGAGCAUUUUGUAAAUGUGUAGGAGGACUCUUGGGAUCAUUCUUUUCCGUGGUUCAGGUAAACUGAGAAACCCAUCUCUUCCGUUCACCCAGCCUAGUGCUGCCUCAGCGGCCACUGCAGCCCUGCCCUCCUGCUUCAGCUCGGCAUUACCUUUUUUAAAGCAGUUCUCUUUAUAAAGUGUUAUUUUGAUAGUUUGUGGAUUCUAAAUAUAUAUAUAUAUAUAUUUAUAUAAACACCGUAUAAAUCAAAUAUGUAUUUAACAAAGCAAUAUGUAUUCAUUCACUUUCAAUUCUUUUCCUUUGGUGUAAAAACAAUAUUACAAGGUAGACAGAGUGGCUUCUGUUGAGUUAGGUCUGCCAGCAGUCCGUCAUUAGUGUGUUGUCUGUCCCCUCCCCCGAUUCCCCCAUCCCCAGGAGUGCCUCCUUCAGCCUUAGGUCUGGCGUGUGCUGAGUUCUGCUUCCGGUGCUAAAGCAAACAAAGACUUACUUCCUGGUGUGGACUCUGAAGAAUCUAUGCGAACCAACCUCUCUACCUUAAUACCCCCCAGAAAUGUAUAGUGCCUUGUUUUAUGUACAGUUUAUAUACAGAAAAGUUUGCUCUGCUUUUUUUGAUGCUGGUUUGGAACAUUAUCUAUAGUUUUAUUCUCAAUAGUAGAAAUAAAACAUCUCAAUUUCUCAUACCCAUUGUAAACAUUACACAUGUCAUUUUGUGACACGGGACCCCAAAAUAAAAUUUCAGAAUAAUCAUAA